AUGCUUCUAUUUCAUUUGGUUCUUUUCGUCCCUGGCUUCGCCUUGGGGGCCCUCACCAGACAAGGAGAUCAUUCGGGGCCAAGCAGCUGCAAAUGUACUCCAAAGGAUCCAUGCUGGCCAUCUCUCGACGAGUGGUCUCGAUUCAACGCAUCAACAUCUGGUCGGCUCAUUAGAGGCAGUCCCCCAGCCGCCGUCUGCUACCCGAACACACCAGCAUACGAUGCAGAAGCAUGUGCUUAUGUUUCUGCCAAUUGGUUCACGAGCUCGUUUCACGCAGCGGAUCCCAUCAGUGUGGAUUACCCAUUCUGGGCCAACAAUAGUUGUAACCCGAUCUACUCCAACGGCACGAGUAUAACGGGCGACCCAACAGCUGGUGAACGAGGAUGCAGCAUUGGCAAAUAUCCUGCUUAUGUUGUCAAUGCUACGACUGCGGAGCAGGUGCAGGCCACAGUACGGUUUGCAGUCAAGAACAAUAUUCGACUGAAUAUCAAGAAUACUGGCCAUAACUACCCUGGCCGUUCGACUGCCUAUGGAAGCCUGUCCAUUUAUACUAGGCAUUUCCAGGGCAUUCAGUGGCAUGAUGACUUCAAGCCACAAAGUUGCAACAAAGGCAACUCCACCAAGCAGAUGGCUGCCACCAUUGCUGCCGGCAUGAACGACACAGCCGUCUACGAGGAGGCAGACAAACACGGAGCGGUCGUGGUGGGUGGAUCGAAUCCGACAGUUGGGAUCAUGGGCUGGUUCCAAGGAGGCGGACACGGCCCAUUAUCUUCCGAAUAUGGCAUGGGAGCGGACAAUUUGCUCGAAGCAACCUUGGUUACCCCGACUGGAGAUCUGAUUAUCGUCAACGAAUGCCAACACUCGGACGUCUUUUGGGCCAUCCGUGGAGGAGGCGGAGGCACGUUCGGCGUGUUAUUGUCGGCAACGAUGAAGGCAUAUCCGACUCCGGCAACAUCACUACUCCCCAUCCAGAUUAGCCAAGCAGAUCCCAGCGAAACUGGCACUGACCAGUUCUACUCGCUGAUAGCUUGGUUACACAGUCAGUUCCCAGCACUCAAGGAUGGCGGUGCGCAAGGGUACUAUUUCCUGGUCCCCCCUCCCGUAGCACCGGUACUGAGCUUCUCUGGUUUUUUCUUCUUUUACAACAAGCCGGAGGGUUAUGUCACCGAGUUAGUUGCACCUGUUCGAGCCAAGCUCGAGGAAAUGGAGAAACAAGGACUCAUCGCUUUUACGCUUCUGGAGACCCCCGCCACUCCGACUUUCUACUCUCUCUGGUUCCCACUUGUUGCUGCCAACAAUAGUGAAACAGUGGCAGAGGGCAAUGGUGCUAUGGGAAGUAGGCUACUAACUCGCAAAGCGUUGACAGAAGAUGUUGGCUUUGUCGCAAGCGUCUUUAAAGCGAUCGCGUCAAAUGCUGGGAAAGAGGAGCCCUAUAAACCGAUCAUGCUCGGGCAUAUGAUCGCAAACGACAAAAACCGCGGGUUGGAUAUUGCGCUCAACCCAGGCUGGCGAGAUGCCGUCACCCAUUUUGUCGUUGUCAACAAUUGGCCCGACGCACUCCCAAGCGGUCUCGACCAGAAGAUGUGGGAUGAUAUGACAUUCAAUACCACGCACUACCUUCGGCAGCUGAGCCCAGACUCCGGCGCCUAUUUCAACGAAGCCGACCCGUUUGAGCCCGACUGGCAGUACACGUUUUUCGGUGUCAACUACCCACGGCUGAGGAAAAUCAAGAAGCAGCUUGAUCCCGACAGCGUCCUUUGGUGUCGAGGCUGUGUGGGUAGCGAGGAAUGGGAUGAGGAGGAUAGCGGCAGGCUCUGUCGAGUUGGAUGGGCUGGUGGCGAGAUUAGGCGUAGGGUUGGGCAGAGUAUCAUACCAUAG